AUGAAGAACCAGACACUUGCAACGGAAUUUAUCUUGUUGGGCUUCUCCAAAGAUCUCAGCAUCAACUUGACGUUGUUUGUGUUGUUUUUCCUCAUUUAUGUAAUAACGGUCAUUGGAAAUUGUCUUAUAAUACUAAUGAUAGUCAUUAACCCUCGACUGCACACUCCCAUGUACUUCUUCAUCUGCAAGCUUUCCUUCAUAGACUUAUGCAAUUCCUCUUCUGCCAUACCCAAAAUGUUGAUGGACCUAUUGACUACGCAGCCGACAGUAUCCUUAGUGGCUUGUCUUUCCCAAGUCAAUGUUCUGCUGCUAAUUGGGACCAUGGAGUGUCAGCUUCUAGUCUUAAUGGCCUAUGACCGAUGUCUUGCCAUAUGUCUACCUCUCCGCUACUCCAUUCUGAUGAGGUGGAGCAUGUGCCAUAUACUUAUUGCUCUCAUUUACUUAUUCAGCUUCCUGGUUAUCCUUCUUCCAUCAUUGCUGAUGCCUGUAGCUUUAUGCUAUCCUAACCAGAUCAAUCAUUUCAUGUGUGAAUCCAUUGCUGUUUUGCACUUAUCUUGUGAUAAAAAUUACAUCAAGGAACUUGUGAUCUUUUUGUUGAGUUUUAUGACUAUUCUCCUCCCCUUCGCCUUCAUUAUAAUGUCUUAUGUUUGUAUUAUAAUAUCGGUAUUAAAGAUUCGGUCAGCAGGAAGGGCUAAGGCUUUCUCUACUUGUACCUCUCAUGUGACUGUUGUAGCCAUGUACUUUGGUACCGGUAUGGUCACAUAUCUGGGGCCAACACAGGACAAAUCCUCAAACCAAGGCAAAUAUGUCUCAAUCUUCUAUGUUAUUAUUGCUCCUUUACUAAAUCCAAUAAUUUACAGUCUAAACAACAGGGAAGUGAAGAAAACAUUUAAGAAGUUAUUAUUAAAAUGUCAUUUUCCCUUUAAUUCGAAUUGA